AUGCAUCAUCAUUUGCAUGCCAGGCACCAUGCAAUCCACCACCCGGAAAAGAGAAUCGCCCGGCCAGAACCGGUGCCCCAGGACCGUAUCCCUCAUCUCACUGUUGUUCGAGAGACCCCAAGUUUUGUCAGAAGAGCAGCUCCCAGCUCAACCUGCGGAUCCGAUAACAACUCUCCGGCCUGUGAGAAACCCACCAGCUCGAACCUGACUACCACUUUACCCGUCGUUCUCGGAGCAGUGAUCCCGAUCCUCUGUGCCGUGAUCGUCUUGGUCAUUCUACAUAGACGACAUGUGAGAAAGCUUCAACAUGAGGAUGCAAACGACAAGCACAAGUCGUUAGAUUUUGGCAUGGAUUAUGUAGAACCAGGUAAAGGGAAGGGCGGAAAGGGACCGGAGAUGUCGACGACCGGCGAGAAGAGCUCACACAAACGCGGGGGAAUGUCAUUGGAUAUUGGCAACAGCCCUUAUCUGCUUCCGCCUGGCCUCCACAAUUCCAGGGAAUCGUUGCGUUCACUUUCGCGAUCGAUUAGUAUUGAUGAUGACAAGUAUCGCCCUGCCACGAGCUUGGGCGCUGGCGACAAUGCCUCUCUACGAUCCUAUCCAAAAUGGGGUCAGGAUGACGCCUCCAGUAUUGCGGGAUCGGCCAGACGUGCGCCGGUCGAUGACAUGCAACAAGGUCUUCUCCGGAAUGCUCAGCGAAUUUCGACGUCUACCCCGCCUCCUGAGGUUAAGCCUAUGGACAACAAUAUUCACGGACCUAUGAAGGCCGAGCCGGAUCACAUCCAUACGGAAAACGGGCCGUCACGAAGCGUGGGCCGUGAAAAUCCGUCUCCUGAAGCAGCUCAGCUGGCUCCGAGCCAUGCUAGCGUCCACGGAGGGGAUCUCCCCAAGGGCAACAAUGACCUGGGGCCUGUCAGUCACAGCCAAGAACCGUCCUCGGAUGCUCGCAAGGAAGACGCAGAUCAUCCGGCCAGCCCCGUCAAGGACGAAGGGCUUCCCGGACAAGCAUUGACUACAAGAGAUUCCGCUCUAGAUGACUUCAAUUUUUCAUCCCAUGAGCAUGAUUCGUCCCCCAGUCAUCAGCCUAUUCCAACGAUUCAGGAAACCCCGGCUGCUUCUGGUUCUGCGGCUCCUCCCCGAAUCUCACUUCCCAUGAGUGAUGGCGCCAGUGACUACGGAGAUGAUUCGAAGGCCGAGCCUGCAGCUCCGGCGGUCAAUGUCUCUGCGGAAGAACCGCCCAAGCAGACAAACCGAGUCUCCCAGUCCGCCAAUCGUCUCACGCAGAAUUUCUCCAGCUUCGAUGACGGUUUCGACCCGCACCGGUUGACCGUCGGUAUUCGGCCUCUGCCUCCCGAAGAUCCUUCGGACAAUCCCGAACAGCGCGCCAACAGGAUUCGGUCCUUUUACAAGGAAUAUUUUGACGACGCCAACAAGGGCGGUCAAGAAGAGUACUCGGAAGACUUUGGCCCCGAGUUCUAUGAGGGCGUUGUAUAUGAUCCCGCUACGGGAGACUACCUCACGGGACCACCCAAGCCGUUUGCUCAACCGGAUGGUCGCCGCGCCAUGACUCCUCCCCCGCGCUUUCAAGGACCCCCGAGGCAUAGGGCGUCGAAUUCCGUCGCUGGUAAUUUCCGGCCUCCUCCCGGUCCUCGCGCUUUCUCGUCGGCUUCCGGUCGACUUGCAGCAGGACCGCGAGCACCUCGGAAGCCCGCCCCUCCUCCUGAGCCGCUUAAGGUUCUGCCAUCUCCUCACAUGCUCAAGGAUGAUAAUAUCACACCCAUUGAUUACGCUCCUGGAAAGACGAUUAAAGACCAGAAGGAAGGCCGGCCAGACACUCCUAAGGGUGGGCUGCGUCCGUACACGCCAACGGUACCGGCCCAUGUCCCCUUGGUUUCGGCGUUCGAUGAUCUCGCAGCCAUACCGAGCCCUCAUGCGCUGCGGAAAUCGGGAGUGUACGGGACAUUGGACUUUGCUCCACCCGUGCGAUUUAAGAAUAACGAGACGGGCAGUGACGCUGGCAGCAUCCGCAGCAACCGAACCGGCAUCUCGGCUACUCACCUUCACAACAUCCGCACUGGUGCGUAUCGGGUCAGUCGUCUCCCAGCAGACACUGUGGGUACAAAAGAUGAUAUCGCAUCCAGCCUGCGUCCCAAGUGGGAUAUACGCUAG